AUGUGGAGUUUCUGCACCACCCUCCAUUACUUCCUCGCUGGCCAGCUGCUGUGGGGCUGGGUGUCUCUGGCCUUGCUGCUGCCCACCUAUCUGGCUCAGGGCCUCAGCCUCCUCUGGUUCCAAGCAGACGGCCACCAACCUAGCAAGUCUCUGAUACUGAUCCACCUCUUGCAGCUUGGCAUCUGGAAGAGGUACGGGGAUGCUCUGCGGUCAUCCGUGAAGGACGGAGGAGGCCCCGGGGCGAAGGAGCUUGUGACGCAGCAGGGAGACCUUGCCGUUCUGCGCCGGCUGGAAGCUCUGGUGCAGACUCUGCCAAACCUCCUCCUGCGGGCCUCCUCAUGUGUAGUGAUGGAGUCCCAAGUUGUUGUCCCAGACGUAUUUCAGUCAGCAUGAGGCUCCUUUGCCUCUUUCUACUUGUCUUCCUGCUGUUCCAGCCGGCCUGUCUGGAUAAGUCAGGCACAGAACGAUGCAGGCGGCUGAAGGGCCUUUG